GUCACUACAUGUAUGUGGACUCUGUUUACGUCAAACAUUUUCAGGAAGUGGCCCAGCUAAUCUCACCAAAGACCACCGCACCAAUGUCUGGCUGCUUAUCUUUUUAUUAUCAACUUAAGCAGGAGAGUAGCAUUAUUUUUACUGUUUACUUGAGAGACAUGAAUGGCUUUUAUGACGAGAUCUGGAAAACAGAAAGUGCGCUAAGCACAGACUGGGCACUAGCAGAAGUGGACUUCAAUGCACCAUACCCCAUGGAGGUGAUAUUUGAAGUUGCUUUCAACAGUGCCAAGGGAGGUUAUGUUGUCCUUGAUGAUAUUUCUUUCUCUCCGGUUUACUGCAGCAAUCAAACAGGAACUCCUUUCAAUCCUGCCAAGGUAGCCUGCGAUUUUGAGGAAGAUCUGUGUAAUUUUUACCAGGAUCACAAAGAUGGCCCAGGAUGGAGCAGAGUGAAAGUGAAGCGUAAUGUGUAUAGAGCAGGAGAUCACACUACUGGGUUUGGUUAUUACUUGCUGGCGAACACAAAGUUUACAUCACAGCCUGGCUACAUUGGACGUCUGUACAGCCCAACACUGCCAGGAAACCUGGAGUUUUGUCUGCGUUUUUACUAUGCCUUAUAUGGGUUUUUCCAAAUGAGUGGCACUCUUGCUGUUUACAUCUUUGAGGAGAAUCACGUAGUACAAGAGAAAAUCUGGUCCGUCUUGGACUCUCCAAAGGGAGUUUGGACUCAAGCUGAAAUCUCUUUCAAAAAGCCUAUGCCUUGCAAG